CACGGGUGACGUAAAACCUUUAAGCCGAGCGGCGUGAUGGCGGCCGUGGGUACGGCAAAUACCAGCGAAGGUGGUAAAAUGUGCAACAAAACAAAGACUGGAUUUUAGAGCCUCUCUCUUUGCCGGAGCCGACUAGUAAUCCUGUUCAAGUCUCAACCUCCUUACUGCUGCCUUGCAUAUUUUGUGAAGAAUGUUACCCUGCAGAAGAGAAGCAAUACUUACUCAGGCACAUGAUUCUUGAACACACACUGGUGAUAUCCGAUGUGAAACUGAUUGCAGAUUUUAGAAGAUACGUCUUGUAUUGGAAAAAAAGAUUUACCGAGCAACCAGUGACAGACUUUUGUAGUGUAAUAAGAACCAACUCCCAACGUCCUGAGGAGGAACAAGCAGACUACUACCUUCUCUGCGAUGUUUUACCUGAAGACCGAGUACUUCGAGAGCAGCUUCAGCAGAAAAGACUUGAAGAAGUAUUGGAACAGCAACAGGUGGAAAGGAAUGACAACAAUUUUUAUCGUAUCUGUAUGUUUUGUAAUGAAGAAUUUGCAGGAAACAGAGCGGUUCUCUUUAAUCAUAUGGCCAAAGAUCAUGCUUUCAAUGUGGGUCUUCCGGACAACAUCGUGUACUGCAAUGAGUUUCUGGAUUUGGUGCAGAAAAAAAUGGAUAAUUUGCAGUGUUUGUAUUGUGAGAAAACAUUUCGUGACAAACAUACACUCAGAGAUCAUAUGAGGAAGAAGCAGCACCGUAGAAUCAAUGCCAAAAAUCAGGAGUACGACAGAUUUUACACUAUCAACUAUCUGGAGUUUGGAAAGAACUGGGAGGAAGUUCAGUCUGAAGAUGACAGUGAAAUCAUUGAAGAGCUGGAUGAUGAUUGGUCUGAUUGGCAAGGCAACCCAAUGUGUGCUGUUUGUCUUUUCUGUGAAAAAGCAAAAGAUUCAACUGAAAAACUACACCUUCACAUGAAGACAGAACAUCAUUUUGACCUUCUCAAAUUAAAAUCUGAAAUGGGAUUAAACUUCUACCAGCAAGUCAAAUUAGUAAACUUUAUAAGAAGAGAAAUUCACCAACGUCGAUGCAACAGAUGUGGAGAAGCAUUCGACUCAAAAACAGGAGUUGUAAAUCAUAUGACGGAAACAGACCAUAUUAUGUCACUGCUUGACAGAUCUGCGUGGGAUCAGCCUCAGUAUUAUUUUCCUACAUAUGAAAAUGAUGCUUUGCUUUGCUCUUUAUCUGACUGUGAGAAUGAAACUACGGCUGACAACCAAACAAUAGACAUUCCUGUUGUUGCAGAAGACAUUUCGGAUUUGCAAGCACUAAAGCAAAGCAGUAUUCUAAGUCAACUGCGGCAGCAGGAGCCAGUAAUCACCCUCCCUCAUCCAGCAAAUUAAAAAGUCACUAUUUUUAUGAAUGAUACCAAUGGUAGAUGCAUAGCUAUCCCUCUCAAGUUUUUACAUAAGUGUCUGCGUGUACUAUGAGAAGAUGGAAUGCAAGAAACAAUAAACAUAUUUUUAAAAAUAUAUGUAUAAUGGGAAGAAUUCACUCAUGUGAAGAGCCCCAAUAGGAGCAACAGCAGUGUUCAGACCAUUUGGUUAAUAAUAAUAUUGUUCUGGUUAUUUAAUGUGUUGGAGAAUUAAAGAUUUUAAAACUAUAUUAUCCAGAUUAAAACAUCACACAAGACUAUAAACUGAAAACCACAAGUUUUUUUUUACAAAUUACAAUCACCACUGCUUUAGGAGUUCAUCAAAAAACGAACUUUAAAAUAUCAAUGGUUCCUCAAAGUGCAGUUCUUGAAACAUGGAAGAAAAAUCUCAUUAACGUCGCUAUUCCCACAAAUCAUAUAAGUCAUUACCUGGGAUCUAAUUUCCCCCCUUUAUAUAAGAAGAAUAAAACCUGUUCCCAAUAAUUGUGCAAACUCAGCCAUGUUCCUUGAUGUGGUAGGCCCAGGUAUCAAACUCCCUGCUUUUCAAAUUGUUGAAAUUUCUUUUCAUCAAGGCCAGUUGGAGUUAAAAGAACUUCUAAACUGGCAUCAUUAAGUAAGGUUCUCAUAUAUCUGAGAAUUAUAUAUUCCACACUAACACCUGUAGAGGGAGACCAAAAUCUGUUCAACUUCCUUAUUAUUUCUGUGGGGAUCGGAACUUCAAGCUUAGGAAGUCCCAGUCCACUGUCCCUCACCAUUGAACAUGAUAUGUUAAUGUAUAUGGAGAGGAUUAAAAUAAUCCCACAUGACCCCAUGUAACUUAGCUAAAUAUUUUGUGUCACGUAAGAUGAUUCUGUUCAUGCAGACAAUCUUUAAAGAAAACUCAAUGCCAUACUUGAAAUGGUGGAAGGUCUAUUCCCUGCAUUCUCAUGUCAAUCCCAUCCUGGCCAGCCCCUGUAAUACUUUUCCCUUGCAUUUUACCUAAUGACAAGUUAAUACUUAUCAUCCUAACCACAUCUACUACAUAUUUAAGGUAGUAUCCUGUUCUUUAAUAUCAGUGCACCUACAUACCUUCUCUUAAAAGCUUUGUGAAAAGCAUUAAAUGCAACCAGUCCUUCUCUACCCUUUGCAGCUAAACUUCCUGAUGGAACAUGUAAUUCUAAUCUCAUUUAAGACCAUCAAAAAUAAGAGCAGAAUUAGGUCUGUCAGUCUAAUUUGGCUGCUCCGCCAUUUCAUCAUGGCUGAUUUACUAUCCUUCUCAAACCCAUUUGCCUGCCUUCUCCCCGUAACCUUUGAAUGCCUUGACUAACCAAGAACUUAUCAACCCCCAUUUAAAAUAUAAUGACUUGGCUUCAAAAGCCGUAUGUGACAAUGAGUUCCACAGAUUCACCACACUCUGGCUAAAGAAAUUCCAUUUCAUUUCUGUUCAAAAUGGACGUCUCUCUGUUCUGAGGCUGUGCCCCCUGGUCCUACACUCGACCUCUGUAGGAAAUAUUCUAACCACAUCUACUCCAGGCCUUUCAUUAUUCAAUGAGAUCCUCCCUCAUUCUUCUAAACUCCAGUGAGAAUGGGCCCAGAGACAUCAAACACACUUCAUGCAUUAACCCUUUCAUUCCUGGAAUAAUUUUCAUUAAACUCCUCUGGACCCUCUCUAAUGCUAGCAUAUCUUCUCUUAGAUAAGAGACUCAAAAAUGCUCACACCAUACUCGCAAGUGUGGUCUGAUCAAUGCCACAUAAAGCUUCAGCAUCACAUCUUUGCUCUUGUAUUCUAGUCUUCUGAAAAUGAAUGCUAACAUUGCAUUUGCCUUCCUUAUCAACCUGCAACAUAACCUUCAGGGAAUUCAGCACAAGAUCUGCCAAGUCUCUUUGCACUUCAGAUUUUUGAAUUUUCUCUCUGUUUAGAAAAUAGUCUACGCCUUCAAUCUUUCCAGCAGAGUGUAUGACCAUACGCUUCCCUUCAUUAUAUUCCAUCUACCACUUCUUUGCCCAUUCCACCAAUUUUCUAAGUCCUCCUGCAGCCUCCCUGUUUCCUCAACACUACCUGCCCUUCCACCUCUCAUUGCAUUGUCUGCAAACUUGGCUACAAAACCAUCAAAUCUGUCAUCUAAAUAAUUGGCAUAUCAUGUGAAAAGCAGUUGGAAUUCACCUCUUUUCCAAUUUAAGAUCAGAAUUACCAGAAGGAUAGGACUUAAAACAGAUUGUCCAAAACUUGAUUCUAAAAUGUGGGAAUGUAAAAGAGACUAGAAUCUAAAACUGGAAAUUUUCAAAUUUAAAUUACUGCUUCUUUGAGCUGUUUAUACUAGAACAUAUUCCUAAAGUAACAAAAAUGUGCUGGACAAAUUUUGCAGGUUCAGUAGUAGAUCAGGUACCUUGCCGUUCAGCAUGGGCAAUCAUGUCUCUCCAUCCAUCACAGUCCCUGACCCUCCGAAUUGUAGUUGCUGCCUCCCCUGUUUCUAACCAUGAUGUUAAUCCAUCUACCAUUCUCAUUCUCUGUCUUCCUCUGCUUCUUUUUCCUUCCAGCUUUCCAGUUGUAACUAAACGUUCUAAUGUCUCUCAUUGCAUGAUGUGUCCAAAGAAUUUUGAUUGUUGUUUUCUGAUUUUGUCAAGUGAUGUACAUCAUCUUUGUUCUCUGUAGAACUUCUUCAUUGGUUAUCCUGUCCGUAUAUGAUAUGCAUAGCAUUCUUCUGAGGAACCACGUCUCUGUUGCAUUGAUUCUUUUUUCCAUUGUAUUUGUGAUGGUCCAUGACUCGCAGCCAUACAUCAAAAUAGGAAGAAUGUAGCAGCUGUGAGUUCUAAGGCAGAUGUCAAUUGCUACUUUCUUCUUUGUUAGGAUGUUCCUCAUUUCUGUAAAUGCUGUUCUUGCCAUUGCUAUUCUUGCUUUUAUGUCUGUUUCGCAUUUGCCAUCAGAUGUUACCUCUGAUCCAAGGUCCUUGAAGUUGUGAACUUGUUCCAGGAUUUCAUUUCCCAAUACGAUCCUACAGUUUGGGAUAUUAGGUUUCUUUGAUAUUACCAAUACUUCAGUUUUCUUUUUGUUUAAGGUUAGGCCAAGUCUUUUGCUCUCUGUGUUGAUGGUAGAUCCUAGUUUCUGUAAAUUUACUUCACUGUUUGCUAUCAGUACUGUAUCAUCCGCAUAGCGGAGGUUGUUGAUAGUGUAUCCUCCUAUACUUAUUCCAGGUAGGUUUUGUAUGGUUCUCAUGAUGUUUUCACUGUACCAGGAGAGCAGGUCUGGUGAUAGAACACAACCCUGUCUGACUCCUCCCUUUAUUGGCUGAUAUUCACCAAUCUCAUUGUCUAUCCGUCUGGCUGCACCUUGUUGCCAGUAGAGGUUCCUGAUUAUUCUUAGAUUUUUUCAUCGAUAUUAAUAUCUUUAAGCAUUUUCAUGAUGACCUGGUGUUUCACUGUGUCAAAGGCUUUUGUGUAGUCAAUGAAGCAGAAGUAUUGGUUGAGCAGUAAUUGUUUGAAAAAAGGAAAUGUCAAUGUUUUGGGUCAAAACCUUGUUUCUGUGACUAUAAACUGUUCAAACUAUAAAUUCAUCUUAUAAACAAUGACUAUAAUACAUAAACAUUAAUUAUAGACUUUAAACAGCUGCUUGAAUUAAUUAAGAGUUAAACAAUAGAAUGCUACCUUAAUUUUUAUAGUUUUUUAAAUGAGGUUAAUUCAGCCUCUAAUCUCAUUUUGAAAUUAUUGCUUAGCACACCUGUAUAAAUUCUCAUCUGCUGGGUUUAUACUUGACACAUUCACAAGAAAACAGGAGUAAAAAUGCAGUGUAGUGUUUUACAGGAGUGUUCUGAAAUAGCAGUGAGGAAGUUAACAUCACUAGAGCUUUUCUUCCUGAAAGGUCAAGCAGUACUGCUUUUUAAGAUGGAUAUCUAUUAUAUUGUAAUAAAACUAUUAUUGUCAUUUUUAUUGCAGUUGGAAAAGUACUCAAAUUGUGUUGUGACACCCUGAGUUCCACUGUGGCAUUCUGUAAUGGAAACCAGAAAUAAUUAAUGGGAAUAUUAUCCCAAAGUGUGAAUUGACCACAAAGAUUUGGUAAAAUUAAAUAUUUUAAGCCCUAUAAUGUUAUAUUUUAUAUAUUUGUCUCCUAGUCUGAGAUAAUUUUUUAAAUGGUGCUUUUGACAUUAUUGAAGUGUUCUUACUACAGUUCCAAAAAUGUGGUAUUAAAAAAGAUAAUGAAUUCUCUACUUUACCAUUUGUUGAUCCCAGCUUUUUAUUUUUUUUAAAAUUGCCAUUUAAAAUCUUGUCUUCCACAUUUAACAAAUCGGACCUGAUAGUGUACUUGCCUGAAAGGUUACAUCACAGUUAAUACAUAAAGUUAGCAGUGAUUUUUAAAUUUGUUUUUGGAGGAAAAACAAGCCUUGUGUCUGUCGUGAUUUCAGUGUUUUGCAAUGCUGUGCAUAAUUGUGAUCUCUAUUUAAAGAAGCAUAUACUAGCAUUGGAAGCAGGCUAAAAAGUUUCAUCAGGUCAGUCUGUGAUGAGAUGUGUGUUCGAAAUCAACUGAAGAAAAUGAAAAUAGAGCCAUAUGUUUGGACUUUAAAAGAAUGAGAGCUGAUCUUACUGAAUCUUGUUGGGGGGGGUGUUGUUCUUGUAAGAGUAGGUGUUGAGAUGCUUCCACUAACUGGAGAAUCUUAAAUGGGAUAUAUUUACCAGAUUAGGGGGUAGUCAUUUAAAACUGAGAGGGUUGCUGAGGCUAAUUUAUUUAAUUGGGGAUAUUUAGAAAGGAGUUUUUUUUAAAGAUCAAGGAAUUGCGGACUAUGGAGAACUUGCACAGUUGAGAUCAGAAGGGAGCCAGGUUUGAUAAAUAAAAUAGCAUACACUUGCUGCUUCUUUCUUAUGUUUUUGUAUUUUAAUAAAGCCUACAGCACAAUCA